AUGCCCACGGGUAUUGCCACAUCACCAGGGCCCCAAACCACAACCGAUAUCUCCAACGCCAUAGGGCCCUCGAACGAUGGUGACGGUGACUCGGACAUUGCCAGCAACAGGACACUGGUCAUCGCCCUGAGCACCGUCCUCUCGGCGGUGGGAUUGUUCCUAGUCAUAGGUGCAGUGUUACUCUGCCGGAGAUGUCGACGACGAAGACGCCGUCUACCCUUCCUUCCGCGGGGAGUUUCGCCUAUCGACGACGAGGAGAUCGAGAGAUGGAAAGGGAAUAGGUCCGAAAAGGGUGGCUUCCAUGUUGGAGACACCGACAUCGAGGCCGACGGAGCACUCAGCAAAGAGACCAGUGCCCCGUCACCGUCACACGCCAAGCACCCAUCCACAAGCUCCGUAAAGAAGCCACCGAGUGUGAUAGUCUACAGCAGCCCUUGCAACAGCCAGGGACUCCGCCACUCGACCGACGCCGAGUCCCGUCGCUCGUUCGCACGUGACCACCCCGGGUACGGCGGCAAGUCGAGCUUCGAUAAGUCCCUCCCGCAGACCCCGAUCCAAGCUCGGGCUCCCAACGCCCGUGCAGGCUUGACAGACGAGUCGGUUCCCGGCGACGCACCCUUCCUCCCGAAGCCGAAACGCACGCCUUCCCGGCUUUCCAAGGCCUCUCAUGGCUCGGCCAAGGAACGCCGAGCCCGUCACGCAAGAGCGCGGAGCUCGCGGAGCAGCACUCGCAGCUUCGGUGACUACUACUACUAUCACGGCUCCGGAGGAGGGGGUGUAGGUGGGGGAGGGUCCGGCGCUGGCUCGGAGCUGGAACUGUCGCUGCGGCUCUCGCAUGACCGGGACCAUGCCCACAUAGUACGACACAGCAGCCACUCGAGAUACUACCAACCCGCCACGCCACGCGGCAGUCACUCGAGAGUGUACUCGUCUUCUUCGAUCCCUCCGCGGCUGUCGUUCGGGGAUGAGGUGUUGUAUGGAGGGCUGUCGCCCGCUAGGCCGAGGUUUACCGGAGAGGCCGAGAUUGGCCGAGCUAUUGGCUAG